CGGCAGUGCAGAUUCACACGGUUCAUACCCCAUUGAUCGUCCGGAUCGGCCCAUCGGCCCUCCUAAUGCCCAGCGUCCCACGAGACCCGAUUACGACCCCACAACACCACCAAAUUAUUAUACACGCCCAGAAUAUGAUGGCCUCAAUAGGCGUCCGUCUUAUGAACAGCGGCCACCAUCAUCCGCACUACCACCCACUUUGAGCAAUGGCUCACGCCCACCAGGUGAUUUUGUGGAUUAUACAAAUCGGCCAGAUCCACCCAAUGGUUUAAGCACAUCAAUGCGGCCACCAAUGCGUGAACCCAGCAUACCUGGUGGUGGCUAUGGUGACUAUGGCUAUGUGCGUCGAAAUGGCACAGCUGCACGUCCAGAUGGCGGUUAUGAUGGCGAUAAGACCAUAGCAACCUACUUCAAUCCAGAGGACUACUUAAAUGGCAGCAAAAGGCGCCCAGGAAAUAGCUAUAAUGAUCGCGUUGAAGGCGGCUUGGGCAUGGAUAAGAUGACUGCCUGUUUCCGGCGCGUGUUGGCUGGCAAGCGCAUCUCUCCACGCUGGGUCAGACGCACAUUUGCCUGCGAGCGCAUUGAGGAUUGCAUGCGUCAGUGUGGCAUUGAGAAACGUUUUAUGUGUGAAGGUUUCAACUACCGUCUCGAUCCAUCCGGUCAUGGUCGGGGCGAUUGUGAGCUCAUCGACAUUCCACUGGCGCAAAUCGAUUUGUACUCGAGUUCUGGCCAGCGUGACUCGAAUCUCCUCAGACAUCCCGACUACGAUUACUAUGAACGCGAUCGCAAUGCACCGCCCAGUUGCAGGCGGUCGGCGUGUCGUGAAUGCUCAAAAGGUGGCACUCUAAGUAGUCCACCUUUGUAUUUUAAGCCAGGCGGUUGGUCUGACAAGCCACCAUAUCGCCAGGAGCAUCACUAUUUGCCAUCGCCGCCCAGCGCUAGCGACUAUGGUAGCGAUGAACAUCAUUAUCGCCCACCAAGCAGUACUGCCAUUGAUCACUAUCAUCCAUCAGGACCACCACCACCGCCCUUGUCGUCUGUUUCGUAUGAUCAUCGUCCACCGCUACCGCCGCCGCCAUCAUCUUCCGAGUACCAUCACUCCAGCUCUUUGGAGUUUUCUUCGCAUGGCUCAUCUUAUUUUGAGCACACGCCACCUAGUGGCUACGGCAGCAGUGGUACAGGUUCAGGACCCAUCGAUCGCUAUGACUUAAUACGCCCGGAGGAUCAUCACCGCCCGGAAGAAUAUCACCGUUAUCGACCUAGCAGACCCGAUCGUUGGGAGUCGAUACCCAGCAGUCCUGGAUACGAUAGCGCACACUAUCGUCCUGCACCUGAAAGUGAUCGCUUUCGCCCACCUUAUAGACCAGGUCCCGAUUACUCGCCAUAUCGACCGAGCUCACAUGAAUUGAGUGGACCUUCCGGACCACCAGACUCUUAUCGGGCAGGUCCGCCGCCGCCGCCGCCACCACCACCAUCUACUCACAAUUAUUUAGACCGUGAUGGACCACCAGCCGGCAGUUACAAGGGAUCGUCAAAGUUUGUGCCCUACCUCAUUGGGCAAGAGAAAGACUGGGGCAGAUACGGUGGUAGUUAUGGUGGCAGCUAUAGUAAGCAAUCAUCCUACUGGGGUUUAAAUGAAUACAAUCGGCGUAGAGAUCCGCUCGACUUCAAUUAUUUUGAAUUGGGUGGCUCAAAGCGUGGACCAGCACGAGAACCAAACUCAGUGCUAAGUUACCCUGGUUCAAGUUAUGGCGGAUAUGGUGCGGACGGUUUUCGAGAUCGACAUGAUUAUAGGCACUCGUGGACAAGACGGCCGGGCCCAGAUGAAUGCUCGGCAAAGAUAGGCGAGGGCUUUCGAUUACACAAAACCGCCAUAAAACAUUCUACUACGGCACCCACGCUUGUUGAGUGCGAACGCUUGUGCUCCGGUCAGGAUGGCUUCACCUGUCACACCUACAGCUAUCGUUACAACCAAGCGGGGCGUGAUAACUGUAUGCUCUGCGAUCGCCCGAUCAACUCUUUGGAUUACUAUGUAGACAUUGAACCAGAUCGAGAUUACGAUAUCUACUCAAUGUCCGAUGACUUAGAUGUUUGCAGAAAACCAUCACGCAGCGACGAUCCGGGACAUUACGGCACGGGGCCGGGAACUGCGCUUGCUGAUCCGCGCAAUGCACAGUGCUUCUUCCGUGCCAUUGACGCAACGCGCUUCUACAAGUCCAUCGUACGCGAUUCGUUGACGGUUCGCUCGGUUGGCGAAUGUGAAAUGGAAUGUAUUAAAUCGAACAAAUUCACCUGUCGCGCCUUCGCUUACCGGUACGGUCAACAGCGUCAUGCGAGCGUUAUUGAUAAUUGCCAGCUGAGCGAUUGGCCAGUGAGAGAUAUGGACAAACAGCGUCAUCUCAUACAGGAUGCAGCCUUUGAUGUGUUCGAGCGUGCGAGUUAUGGACAUGGUUGUGAAAUACAACCGAUCGUUGAUGAGAAACAUAAGAAAUCUGUUUGUUAUUUGGGCUAUGGUUCGCCGGCGAAACUGCUCUCAACAGCUAUUAAGAAAGUCAUCUCAGUACCCUCAGAACUAGCGUGUAAAAAGGAGUGUAUACGUUUUCGGGAAACCACAUCAUUUAAGUGCUACUCCUUCAGUUAUGGCUCUCGCGCCACAUCCUACAAUUGUGAGCUUUCGGAUCUCGAUCAAACGGAACUCAAAUUGAAUGUCCACUACACGCAUACGGACGAACGAGAUUAUUGGCUCUUCGCUUGGAACCCCUUCGAUUGGACUUGUCGCGAUAAGGUGAACACAAUAGGCGGAUCGCGUGUCAACAACGAUCGCCGCAUGGACAUAUUCCGUGAACCGGGCGAUGUCGCUUGGCGUCACUACACCGUUGCCGGUAAGGCCUGUCGCCCAACGAGUCCAUGUGAAAAGAAUCUUCUAACUGGCUUCUAUUCGUGUGAGAUCGAAGGUGGCGAAAUAGGUUCAUGGGACUAUUGCUGCAAGGCUGAACACCCCUGUGGCUACUCGCAGGGGUUCGAUUAUCCGUGGUGCUUUGUGGGCGAUGAAGCCGAUCAGUGGCGCAAAUGUAGCGAUCGCUAUUUUCCUGGUAAUAAAACAGCAACAACGCCCAUUCCACACACACACGCCAGCAUCAAAUUUUCAACACUCAAAAGCGAAAAAAAGAAAUCUUCAAGCGGCAACAAUAGUUCGAAUAAGGACUAUCAACGACCGCCACGCCCUGGUGGUCUACAGAGUUUGAAUGAUUUUACGGCCGCGCGUCUCUGGCCUGUUACAUAUCUCUACAGCGAGGGACCGCCAAAUUCAACAGAGUUCAGCAAUUUUGUCGAUUGCAACAAGGAGUCAUGCUAGCGUCGCGCCAAUUUGUCUACAUAAAAUAUGCAGCAACACACAUAAAUUUUUAAUUAGUUGAGGU